AGAGAGAAAGCAUGUGGCCCUGGAGAUCCUUUUGAGCUUCAAAAUUCAAGCAACAGAGGAGAGAGUAAGAGAUAGUGAAGGCAAAUUUGCUUCGUACAGUUGGACUUUUCCAAGCUCCUGGACUUCAGUGCUGGAAUGGAUUUCCUCUGAUUUUUUUUGCAUGUCACUGCACAACUGUUGCUUUUACACACAGGAGGGAUCUUUAGUUUUAGUGGCUAUAAGAUAAUAGCACAGGAGUGCGUGUCUGUGUGUGUCCUGUUGGAUAAGUGAAGCCGUGGUUUGGGGCGUGUGUGUGUGUUUGUCUGACAGGAGCGCGCUUGGAGCUAUGUCAGGUGUUACGCGGAAAGGUUCUGGGAGACCGGGAUACUACUACAGACUCCUGGGUCGAACGAGGCUUCAGAGACAACGCAGUCGCUCCAGGAGUAGAAGCAGAGCCACAAACAAUAGGGAUUCUCCACCUGAGAGAACAGGGCGGAGACGUAGCAUGCCAGGCUCCGCCCCUGAGAAAGCCCCACCCACAAUGGAGCCUUCUGUUGCUGCUGCUGCCACACCCUUCAGGGUCACGGGAUUUUUGAGUCGAAGGUUAAAAGGCUCAAUAAAGAGGACGAAGAGUCAACCUAAACUGGAUAGGAACAGCAGUUUCAGACACAUUCUGCCAGGCUUCAGACCUGUGGACAGCGACAGGUCUCAUCUGAUGCCCAGGCUGAAGGAGUCGCGCUCACACGAGUCUUUGCUCAGUCCCAGCAGUGCAGUAGAAGCUCUGGACCUCAGCAUGGAGGAGGAGGUCCUCAUUAAACCAGUACACAGCUCCAUUCUCGGGCAGGAUUACUGCUUUGAGGUGAGCACCUCCACAGGUAGUAAGUGCUUUUCUUGCCGUUCGGCCGCCGAGAGAGACAAAUGGAUGGAAAAUCUGCGCCGAGCGAUUCACCCUAAUAAGGACAACAGUAGACGGGUAGAGAACACGAUCCGGCUUUGGAUCAUUGAAGCCAAGGACCUUCCGACCAAGAAAAAGUACUUCUGCGAACUCUGCCUGGAUGACGCCCUGUACGCCCGCACGACCUGCAAACUCAAGACAGAUAACGUAUUCUGGGGCGAACACUUUGAGUUCAACAACCUCCCUGCCAUCCAAAACAUUACCGUCCACCUCUACAGGGAUUCGGACAAGAAAAAGAAAAAGGACAAAAAUAACUAUGUAGGACUUGUGAGCAUUCCGGUGGUGAGUGUCACAAGUAGACAGCUGGUUGAGAAAUGGUACCCGGUUAGCCAACCCAAUCCAGGUAAAGGGAAAACGCCAGGGCCCAUGAUCCGCAUCAAAGCCCGGUACCAGAGUAUGAACAUCCUGCCCAUGGAGCUCUAUAAAGAAUUUGCUGAAUACACCACCAACAACUACAUGCUGUUGUGCUCUGUGCUGGAGCCGGCCAUCAGCGUCAAGAACAAAGAAGAAAUGGCCUGUGCCCUCGUGCACAUCCUGCAAAGCACCGGGAAAGCUAAGGACUUUCUGACGGACCUGAUGAUGUCAGAGGUGGAUCGGUGCGGUGAGAACGAACACCUUAUAUUCAGAGAGAACACGCUGGGCACUAAAGCCAUCGAGGAGUACCUCAAACUGGUCGGGCAGAAGUACCUGCAGGAUGCGCUGGGGGAGUUUAUAAAGGCUCUAUAUGAGUCUGAUGAGAACUGUGAGGUGGACCCAUCGAAAUGUUCAUCUAAUGAUCUACCUGAACAUCAGAGCAACCUCAGAAUGUGUUGUGAGCUGGCCUUCUGCAAGAUCAUCGAAUCAUACCGUGUGUUUCCACGGGAACUUAAGGAGGUGUUUGCAUCUUGGAGACAGGAAUGUGGUAACCGGGGGCGACCGGACAUCAGUGAGCGGCUUAUCAGCGCUUCUUUGUUUUUGCGUUUUCUCUGUCCGGCCAUCAUGUCGCCUUCGCUGUUCAACUUGACACAGGAGUACCCAGAUGACCGCACGGCACGCACGCUCACUCUUAUCGCCAAGGUUACGCAGAACCUUGCAAACUUCACUAAAUUUGGUAAUAAGGAGGAGUACAUGUCGUUCAUGAAUCAGUUCCUGGAGCAGGAGUGGACCAACAUGCAACGCUUCUUGCUAGAGAUCUCCAACCCGGAGACCAUCUCUAACACGGCAGGCUUUGAGGGGUACAUCGACCUGGGCCGUGAGCUCUCCACACUGCACUCACUUCUAGCUGAAGUGGUUUCCCAAAUGGACCAGAGUGCCGCCUCCAAGCUUGGCCCAUUACCCAGAAUCCUGAGGGACGUUCAUGCAGCGUUAACAAAUCCACAGAACGUACAGACGAGUGCUCCUCCUGAUCGCGUUCCAUCCCCUCCAGAACCAGGAUGCAGCAUCUCCACUGGAUUACAAAAGAUGGCCAUUGACACUGACGUACCAGGCCCGGUGGACUUCACACGUCUCCCUUCACCCACCCCUGAAAAUAAAGACCUUUUCUUCCUCACACGCUCCUCUGGCCUUCAAGGCUCCCCUGCCCGCAGCUCCAGCUACUCCGAGACCAAUGAACCCGAACUGGGCUUGGCCAACGGUGGCAAGAGUCUCUCCAUGGUAGACCUCCAGGAAGCGGCCAGGGCGUUAGAACCCAUCGCCAUCUCAGAAGGUUUAGGUGAGGGUACCAUGGUUCCUUGGAAUGCACGGACUCCUCAAGGACACACUACGGGAGGUCCCACACUUCACAGGCCAGGACAGACUCCUUCCAUCCCAGGAGCAGAAGGGGCCCCCGGCAGGCCCACACAGCUUUUGGCCCCUCUGUCCUUUCAGAAUCCAGUGUACCAGAUGGCAGCAGGUUUGCCCGUAUCACCCAGAGGGACGGCGAGCGGCGAUUCUGGGUCAGAAUGUCACAGCUCCGUCAGUUCCCAUAGCAACAAUGAGGAGGGGUUCGGCGGAACCAAGCAUACCUUCCUCACCCAGCCGGGUGGGAUGGGGGACGAGUUCGUGAGACGUUCUGGAGAUUUCUCCAGGAGACAGCUAUCGUUGAACGACGGUAACCAGCCGACGGCACCACGACAGAGCAGCGCAGGUCCUCAGCGGCGGAUCGACCAGCCACCACCUCCAACACAGACUGCUCCGAGAGGCCGAACUCCGCCCACUCUGUUAAACUCCACCCCCUAUCCACGUCCUACUAAUAAUACUAUGAUGACAUCAUCGCCUGAUUGGCCCGGAAGUGGCGCGCGGCUUCGACAGCAGAGUUCGUCCUCCAGGGGCGACAGUCCGGAAACGAAGCAUCGUGCCCAGCAUAAACAAGCACCGUCCCCCGUGAACCCCAGUGCAUUGGACCGUACGGCUGCCUGGUUGAUGAAUGUGCCAUAUAUAGAGCAGGAGUCUGAGACAGAGCUGGGCAGAGAUGAGCACACACAAGCUGAGAAGUAUCAGACAGAGAUCAGCAUGCUGCAGGACAGACUGCGGUUGUCGGUUCAGAGGCUGGAGGAAUAUGAGGCCCGGUUAAGGAACCAGGAGGACCAGGCUCAGAAGAUCCUGCUGGAGUACCAGGCCCGACUGGAGGAGUCUGAGGAGAGACUGAGGAGGCAACAGGACGACAAAGACCUGCAGAUGAAGAGCAUCAUCAGCAGGUUGAUGUCUGUGGAGGAAGAGCUGAAGAAAGAUCAUGCUGACAUGCAGGCAGUGGUUGACUCCAAACAGAAGAUCAUCGAUGCUCAGGAAAAACGGAUAGCAUCACUGGAUGCGGCUAAUGCGAGGCUAAUGAGUGCCCUGUCACAGCUGAAGGAGCGCUACAGCAUGCAGACGCGCAAUGGAAUCUCUCCCACCAACCCCACCAAGCUGCAGAUCACCGAGAACGGAGAGUUUCGGAGCAACAGCUCCAACUGCUGAAUACAGCGUACAGUAAUCCACAGAUAAAGAGAGAGAUAAAGGAAUGAAGUUAGAGGAUAUGGGCAAGUGUGUCGAUAUUUUGUACGUGAAUACUGAAAGGGAAGCAAUGCAGGUGAGACUUUACUCGUGAAAGGAUGCUGAACAUCUUUGAUCUGGUAAACUGACUGUUUGCACCGUGGAGUUCACUUGAGACACCGGCAGAUGAUACUACUGUUCAAGUACUUCAAUUUAGGACGCACCACUUAACAUUCAUUUCGGAAUCACAGCAGCUAACUGUAAAAUAAAGGUUGAUACUAGGACCUUCUAGCCUGCAGUUUCCCUUUCAAGUUAUUUCACUUGCUACAGAAUAGGUGUUCUCUGUACAACCUCUGAAAACCAUAGAUUUUGUGUGUUAUAUUUAUUUAUAACCGUCUCUUUCCUGGAAACCUUUGGAAACAGCUGAAACUAAAGAACGAGCAACUCUCUUCUACAUGCUAUAUUAUUAGGUCACUUCCUGUUUUUUGUUUUUACCAGUUUGUCCCUACAUAGUGCACUUUGUAUCUCCAUCAUGAGAAGCCUUAAAAAAAGUUGAACGUCUGUGAAAGAUUAUAAUGUACAUAGAUUUUACAAAGAAUAUAUUUUAGGUUCUCCAUCUACAAGUUUUUAUUCGUUUGAGAACGUUUUACCUCAGUUGUUUGCUUUUUUCACCUAGACAAAGAUUUUUAAUGGCAAAUAUUACACUCUGUAAUGUACAGGUAUAUACUAUGUCAAUCCGGGUCCAUUUAAAUUAUGCCAAGACCUCGAAUUAGCACAAAAUGCUCUGAUAAUGCAGACUGGAUGUUUUAAGUGAACAAUAGAGUAGAUCUGCUUGUUUUUUUCAUGUUUUUAUCCUAUCCUACAAUGUUUGGGAGACAGUUUUAUAGUGGAUUUCCACCCGUAAAGCUUGUUGGUUUCACUUUGCAUCACAUUUUUUUAAAGCGUUCUUUAAGUCAUUUGUACCUUUUUUUGGUAUGUGUAUGCAUUGCCUCAUCAGUCCAUUUUGCUGCACACUUUGAAUAUUUUUGUAUAAUUUUACUAAACAUGAGAGCUUUGCAUUUAUUAUGCUCAGCACCAAGGUUCAGCGAGUAGCUGCAAUUUUACCCAGAAGUUUUUAUUUUUGUUUGUCUAUAUGAAAGAGAGAUACAUGCAAUGUCAUAUUUUUGUUUGAAAAGAUAUACAGAUAUGUAAGAUGGGACGUGUAAGAUAGAAAUUUUAUUUUUAUUCUGAUAUUUUUAAGGAGACCUCUGUGGGCGAGUAUUAGGCUAUAUAAUUUAAAUAUAUAAUUUAAGAUUAUUCAAAGCCACCCCAAGGUGAAAUUGUUACAUUUUUGUAUCUGAUUUAUAUCUGAAAUGUGGUGUCAGAUGGCACCAGUAUAGCAUGAGAUGUCUGCAGGAUGUACAAGCACAAACUGUUUCUGAAAAGAUUCUGAGGAGUAUGCACUUUUUCCCCGACUGAAGUCCUCCUUUGUGUCCACUUUAGGUUUACUUCACUCCAUAAACCAGUAGCAAAUUUGAGGUGCUAGUUAAGCCAGUAAAGUACUCUUAAAAUAUAGCCCAAUUUUUCAUUUUUUUAUCAUUUUCAUUCGUAAUUGUGGCCAAAAUUACAUGUAGCCAAAAGUUAUAUACUGUACAAACAAAUGUGCACAUGCAGUGCCCUUAUUUAUGGCCUAAUAGUUUUGCAUGUACUCAAUCCAACAUCCUUUCAAAUUCAUUUGAUCAACUAUUAAACCGAAUUUGGGAAUAAUGUGUGGUUGCACAAAAGGAACGAAUAUUACAUUUUUAUGUUUCCCCACAGAUAAGGCUGUAACUCCAUUCGGUCUGUUUUUAAUGAGGUCGGAUGCCUUGCAGAAUCAUUAUAUCCAUCUACACUUCACAAGUCCAAAAAAUAGAACAGUAUUGAAUGAAAAAGAUUUUGCUGUCAUUGCGGUUGUUUUCAUUUGAUGUGUCUUUAUCCGGCUUCUGUUCAGUUUAGAAAAUUUCCAAGUAAAAAAAUCUGUUUUUCAGCAGUCAAUGUGAAACAGUAGCUGUGUGAAAUAAACAAUAUAAAGAUAAAAAGAUAUACAAAGCUAUAAAGGAAUACACACUAUGUUGUACGUUUUAUAAUCCUUGUAGAAAAGAUUUUUGUAAGUAUGUUUAAAGUAUUGGCUGAACGUUGUUUUAGGGCAAUAUAAGAACAGAACAAUACUGUACAGAGAAACUUGUCCAUGUUAAAAACUAUACAAUUGUGGCCGUGCAAUUCAUGUACAUUUGAAACUAGAAUAAUUAAAGUUUUAUUUAGUUAUUUCAUA